GUUUUUAUCGAUGCUUGUUUCGGGGAAGGCGAGCUGUACGUACGCUUUGGUUUGAAAACAACAUUUCUUACGUAAAGCGCGCUAUUGUUGGAUUUGACGCGUUUUAAAUGAAACUUGUAAGAGUUAAUCACUUACUGAACGGACGUUUACAAGACUCUUUCACAGCAGUGCCAUGAUUGAUUUUUGAUGUUUAUGAAAAUGAGGCUAUGAGGGAGACUGUCUCUUUGAUGACGUCCACUAUAAAGCUGAUCCACAACUCGUGUUUUCUGAAGAUUUAUGAACAAUCCUGUACCAUCUAAUAAGAGAUACCAGCCAACAGAAUAUGAACAUGCUGCUAACUGCGCCACACAUGCACUCUGGAUCAUUCCCAGUAUUGUGGGCGGGGUCUUGUUAUACUUUUUAUCUGAUGACCAUUGGGAGGAGAUUUCAGCAUGGCUUUAUGGGGCAGGGCUAUCAAGCCUAUUCAUCAUAUCCACAGUGUUCCACACAGUCUCCUGGAAAAAGAGUAAUCUCCGAUCCGUUGAGCACUGCUUCCACAUGUGCGACAGAAUGGUGAUCUAUUUCUUCAUCGCUGCAUCCUACACGCCUUGGCUCACACUGCGGGAGCUUGGUCCAUGGGCUGCCCACAUGCGUUGGGUUGUCUGGGUGAUGGCCUCUGGAGGAACGUCCUACGUAUUCUUCUUUCAUGAGAGGUUUAAAGUUGUAGAGCUGAUUUGUUACAUAACAAUGGGCAUUUUUCCAGCCCUUGUCAUCCUCUCUAUGGCAGACAGGUCUGGUUUGUGUGAGCUGGUAGCUGGUGGUGGAUGUUACAUAUUAGGCAUGGUGUUCUUUAAAAGCGAUGGAAUAGUUCCCUUUGCUCAUGCUAUAUGGCACAUCUUUGUUGCCAUGGGAGCAGGCAUCCAUUACUAUGCCAUCUGGAAGUACCUGUACACGCCUGUCAAUCAACCAACUAGUAUGGCCCGGUGACACACACAAGCAUACACCCACCCACAAAAUCUAAAUUACUAAAAAUGUUACUACUGUAGAAACAAUAUGAUUUAAUUUAUAAUGAGAGAUACAGUUUUUUUUUUUUGUCUGUUCUUUUUGCUAGCCAACAGUUUGACCAAUAUUUUUAAGACUCAUUAAUAGGUCUCUAACUAGCACAUACAACAAAAAUUGCAACUUUUUCAGACUACAGACAUUAGUCAUGUCAUUAGUCAGGUCAUUUUUGACCGGAUGCUGUGUGUAAUCCAAACUGAUAGAGGAUCCAGAGCACAAGUGUUUCUGGAAAAUUCUUUGUACGUAUUAAAUUAAAGUUUACAGUUUUUUAUAGGUACUACUGAGAAAAUGUAAAAUCACUGCCAGAUAUUUGUAAAAGUACUGUAGAGACUACAGUUAAAGGGUAUUUCUGUAGUAUUUUUAAACUUGGGAUAAAUUCCACUUAUGCGACUCCCAAUGGGGGGAUAUUCUUGCUUCUGUCCAUAACAGAAAAGGAAUAAGUUUAUAUUACUGUAAACCCCGAACACUAACAAAACUCUAGGCUUUAACUGGCUAUAGUUAUAGUGUACAGAGUGAAAUCACAUUUCUGGAUGUGUAAUAUCUUUGGGAACUGCCACAAGUGCUUAAUGACAAUGUCCAGGCAAGUCUUUGCCCAGACAGCUUGUCUGAUUUCAUGGCUUGAAUAAUAGGAUCAUCGUAUUUCAAACCAAACCAUAUUAAACUGGUCUUGAUUGAGUAUAAGGAGACUUGUGUUGGACUUUCAACAAAUGCCCAUUUUAAUGUGUUCAAAAAGUGUUUUUCUCUAUCCUACCGCUAUGCGUUAAAUGGGCGAUUGUAAAAUUGCUCUAUCACAGUACUGUGCAAACAUUUUAGGCACUUGUGAAAAAGAGUUUUGAUUUAUCAAUUAACGUCAUACAAAGUGCAAUAAACAUAAAUAAAAGCUAAAAUAAUAUUUUGUGUGACCACCCUUGUCAUCAAAACAGCACCAAUUCUCUUGGGUACACCUGGACACAGUUUUUUAAG